AUGGAGAGAGAAGAGCCUGAGAUGCUGGGCAGUGAGGUGGAGCAGAUGGGUGGAAGAGCUGAUGUGAUCCUGGACCCGGACACUGCCAACCCCCUGCUGGUGCUGGCAGAGGCCGGCAGGGCCGUGUGGCGCGGCGCCAGCUGGAGCCUGCUGCCCGACUGCCCCCAGCGCUUCGACACCGAGCCCUGCGUGCUGGGCUGCCCUGCCUUCAGCUCGGGCACGCACUGCUGGCAGGUGGAGGUGGCCGAGGCCGGCGACUGGUGGGCUGUGGGAGUGGCCCUGGACUCUGUCAGGAGGAAAGGGGUCCUCAGGUUUGCCCCCCAGGAGGGCAUCUGGGCCGUGGGGCAGUGGUUUGGGCAGUACCUUGCUUUCACCGACCCUGACUGGACCCCCCUGAGCCUUGCCCGCAGUCCCAGGGCCGUCCAGGUCUGCCUGGACCUCACCACGGGGCAGGUGACCUUUGCUGAUGCUGAGAACCGAGCGCAGCUCUUCGCUUUCUGCCUGGCCGCCGGCCCCGGGGCCGCCCUCCGCCCGUGGCUCUGGGUGGGGAUGGACUCCUGGCUCAGGCUGUGUCCCUGA